CUCGUUCGCUUUGCAAUUCACAACAAAAGUAACGCCGCGCCGCGCCGCCAAACAACCUUUUCGCGUCGUAAUUCCGGAUUUUCUCCGGGCUCUGUCCGUUUUCUGUUUCCAAGAGUGUGGACCCGCGAGUCCAACCCCGGCCGCCAAGCUGUCUUCGGUAAUCAAGAUGAAGCUGAUCGACUCGGUCGUUCGCAGCUUCAAAGUGGCCAAAGUGUUCCGGGAAAACACGGACAAGAUCAACGCGAUCGACUUCUCGGCCAACGGGGAGAUGCUGAUAAGUUGCAGCGAGGACGACCAGAUCGUGCUGUACGAUUGCGAGAAGGGCACGCAGAUCCGGACGGUCAACUCGAAGAAGUACGGGGUCGAUUUGAUCCACUUUACACACGCCAACAACACGGCCAUCCACAGUUCGACGAAGGUUGAUGAUACGAUCCGGUAUUUGAGUCUGCACGACAACAAGUAUUUGCGGUACUUUCCGGGCCACACGAAGAAGGUCAUUUCGUUGAACAUUUCGCCGGUGGAGGACACUUUUUUGUCGGGGUCGUUGGACAAAACGCUGCGGCUGUGGGAUUUGAGGUCGCCGAAUUGUCAGGGGGUUAUGCACCUGAACGGGCGUCCCGUUGCGGCGUACGAUCCGGAGGGGCUCAUCUUUGCGGCCGGGGUCAACUCCGAGAGCAUCAAGCUGUACGAUUUGCGGUCCUUCGACAAGGGACCGUUCGUGACGUUCAAGUUGAACCAGGAGAAGGAGUGCGACUGGACGGGACUGAAGUUCUCCCGGGACGGCAAGACCAUCCUGAUUAGUACGAACGGGUCCAUUAUCCGGCUGAUUGACGCGUUUCACGGAACGCCGCUGCAGACAUUCACUGGCCACCUCAACAACAAGGGCAUCCCGAUCGAGGCCUCGUUCAGUCCGGACUCGCAGUUCAUCUUCUCGGGCAGUACGGAUGGGCGGGUGCACGUGUGGAACGCCGACACGGGCUACAAGAUUUGCGUGCUGAAUGGGGACCAUCCGGGGCCGAUUCAGUGUGUGCAGUUCAAUCCCAAGUUUAUGAUGCUGGCGUCGGCCUGUACGAAUAUGGCGUUUUGGUUGCCGACGGCGGAGGAUUCGUAAGAAGGGAGGAGAAGGACGUGUCUUAGGUUUUAGGAAGCGGGAGGUCGUCGAAUGCUGUUGGCGGGGGAGAAUUUGACGAAUGAGUGAAUUAAUUUUAGAGUAAGUUGCUGAAAGGAGUUUGUGUGGUAGGACGAAAUAAAUAAGUUUCUGAUGAAAACUGAAAUAA